AUGCAAGAGCUGCAUGAGAGGUGCGUCUCAGUGAGCCAUGGUGUGGAUGAGGCCUUCGCAGCGAUGCACUCUCAGAUCAGACCCAAGGCGAUGGAGCUUUGCCGCUUCAUCGUCAAGGACCGUGCACUGGUGGCGCGGGACGUGCUGGCGCCGCAGUAUGCCAGCCCUAUGCGAUUGCUGCACAUCCUGGAGCGUGCAGGUGUCAGGAUGGAGUACGAGAUUUCGGAGUCCAGCUCCAGUAAGACCUUGGACCCAGAGGUCAUCGUCUUCAUGCCGUCGGACACGCCUGAGUAUAGCGACCUGGCGGAUCCUUUGCCGGCCAAGAGCUUCUGCCGGCCCUCCCCGGCCAUGCAGCAGCGGCCCAGCGGCAUCAAGGAGGCCCUGGCCGCCUUCCAGCUGCUGCACGUUCGCUUCAAGGCGCCGCACUCGCCGCUGGUGCAGGAGGGCAUCACUUGGUGUCGAGGCUUACUGGACGACCUGCUCAGGGAGUUCCGCAAGCCUGAUUACCAGCAGGCUGUGAAGUCCACAGAGGAUCGCAAAGGUCUCUCCGAUAUCGUCCGGAAGCUCCAAGCGGAGAUUCUGCCCAAGCACGGGCUCGGAUCCGAGGAGUUUGACUGGACAGCGGUGCAGUGGAAGAUGUGGUACCUCGGCUACUUGGAUCCUGAGAACGAGAGGCUUGCCAGCGAGGCGCUCUCGAGCUCACAUGUGAGGAUAUCCGGCCUACUGCCGUGGCGGAAGCUUCCAGCGAAGCCGCCGGCGAAGCCCAAGCCGAAGGUGAAGGCGCCGAAGCCCAAGCUGGCCAAGCCCAAGGCGGCCAAGCCGCCGCCGAAGGCGCCGAAGGAGGUGAAGGUUUCACCGUCGCCCAAGGCGGUGACGCCGAAGCCGGCGCCGAAGCCCAAGGCGCCUAAGGCCACGGCCAAACCCGUGGCCAAGCCGCCGGCCAAGAGGCCCGCGCCGGAAGAGGCGGUUGGCCGCCCAGCCAAGAGGCCGACAAGUCCCUCAGACGAGCGGGAGGCAGACAGGCCUGACAAGGAAAUGGCAGUGGAGGUUGUAGAGGUGCAAGAUGAUGAGGACCGGCGGCCUCAUGGGCGGCCCAGAAUUGAAGCCUUAGCGCUUCGCGAGAAGAUUGCGCAGGAGAUCAUGCCGCGCGGGAGGCGGAGUUGA